CGUUGUGCGACUAUGCGGCCAUAUUCCACUUCCGCCGUUCAAGGGUAUCUAACGCACCAGGCAAGGCGACAUGUACAGAUUCGCGAAAGCCGCCGUGAACAUCACCGGUCAAGCUGCACGGCAAGUGAGGCACGGAUCCACCGCUCCGCAGGAUUUCCACUCCAAGUAUGGCACCGGCAUGUUGGUCGGCGGCUUUGCCUUCUGCACAGCUGUGUGGUCAUACGUGGUGACUCAGACUGGCAUCACCUGGAAUCUGUCCCCUGUUGGGAAGGUCAUGCCCAAACCUUGGAGGGAGGCUGACGAGUAAAACGAAACAAAAAAAACCGCCAUGGUAGAGAUCCAAACAAAAACCUUCUGGCUGUACAGACGAACAGUAAAUAUCUGCCUGUGUUUCAAUAUUGUCCAAAUAAAUUAAAUGUGAUUCUCGA